AUGGAAGGUGGUGGAGGGGGGUCCAUGGAAGGUGGUGGAGGGGGGUCCAUGGAAGGUGGUGGAGGGAGAGCCAUGGAAGGUGGUCUAGGGAGAGCCAUGGAAGGUGGUGGAGGGGGGUCCAUGGAAGGUGGUGGAGGGGGGUCCAUGGAAGGUGGUGGAGGGAGAGCCAUGGAAGGUGGUCUAGGGAGAGCCAUGGAAGGUGGUGGAGGGAGAGCCAUGGAAGGUGGUGGAGGGAGAGCCAUGGAAGGUGGUGGAGGGGAGUUCAUAGAAGGUGGUGGGAGAGCAAUGGAAGGUGGUGGAGGUAGAGCCAUGGAAGGUGGUGGAGGGAGAGCCAUGGAAGGUGGUGGAGGGAGAGCCAUGGAAGGUAGUGGAGGGGGGUCCAUGGAAGGUGGUGGAGGGGGAAUCAUGGAAGGUGGUGGAGGGAGAGCCAUGGAAGGUGGUGGAGGGAGAGCCAUGGAAGUUGGUGGAGGGGGGUCCAUGGAAGGUACAUCAUAG